AUGACGUUGGUGCUGGUGACGGUGGCCUGGUUGGCAGUAAACAUCGGGCUUACACUAUGGAUCCAUCCGACCCUGUUCCAAAACGCACAAUUCUGGGUGCUACAGGUCCCUAAGCUAGCGUGCAUGAUAGUGGUGUCUGUUUUGGCCGGCUCCCUGUGCCGGUACUUCUGCCCCGCGGACGACACGGGGUAUAUCAUGACAUCCAAGAACUCGUGGUUCAAGGUCAAUGGACAAACAACGGCUAUUUUGAGACUGUUUCCGUAUUUCGUUCCCGUUCUCGAUGCUCCUCCUUCGCUCGUCGUUUUGCACUUCUCACUCUUUUCACGUCUUGUUAUAUAUUUUUUUCUUUAUUUUUGUUGGUUCCAGGUAAACUACACCCGGAAGGUGCAGCAUUUCGCCGCCUACCUGGUACCCCUGCUCUUCCGACCUUCUCCUGACUGUUACUGCACCGGGACCCUUGAGCUGAGCUGGGGUGUAUGGGUGACGUUGAUCGGCUUCUUGGUGAUGAUCAAGCCCAUCCGAGAGGCUAUCCCGCUCUUCAUGCUGCAGUUCAACGGACUCGACCGCCCGGAGGGCGAAACAGCAACAAACACAAACACCAACAACAGCGCCUGGAUCUCCGGCCCUCUCGCAACUCUCCCCGUCGGUGCAUCGUCCCGCUGCCCCCAGGACCGCCCGCACACGCUGGAAUGGAUCAUCAAGUACAACAUCUGGCCCGGGGAGAUCAUGAUCGUCUUCUUCGCCCACCUCUUCCGGCAGUCCUACCAGCGCGACCUCGUGUACAUCCUCGUUUUCGUGACCGGGGUAGGCGACGGCCUCGCCGAGCCUGUGGGCAUUUGGCUGGGGAAGCACAAGUACAUGGUGCGCAGCUGUGAUGCCGACAAGUAUUACGAGCGCUCGUUUGAGGGCUCGUGCUGCGUCUUCGUCGUGACUGUGGCGACAAUCAUCAUGGUCUUUACGUCGUUUGCCACGUUCUGGCAGUUCCUGGUGGCUCUGCUGACGCUGCCGAUGGCUUUGACCCUUGCUGAGGCGUUUUCGCCGCACACCAUGGACACCCCAUUCAUCAUGGGUGUCGGCGGUGCGAUGCUUUACGCCAUCAUCAAGCUGCUCUAGGACGUGGCACAGCGUUAGUGGGCCCUCGACAGCGCCCCGGUUGAACGACGCCGGUGUGUGGCCCUGCAGAAGCGUCGGUGGAAUAUCUGGGCACCGACCAUCUGAAUAACCAAGUAAUCCUGUACGUUGGAUAUCUCCGGUCCCUCUGAAUACCGUCUGUCGAUUUGGCGGGCACAUGCCGGAGUUGUGGGGGGCACAAUACUACCAUAGGGGCUUAGCGAUACUACUCUGACAUCAUAACCCUUGCCCCUAGGGGGAGCACGGGAAGCAGGACAGAAUGCUAAAUAAACAGGUUUGCAGGCUACCGCGUAGCAAGGCACAUAUCAUCGAUUUUGGGAGGGUGGAGGGGGAGAGAGCACAAUGUCAUGAAUGGCGGAAGCCUUCAAGCAGCGACUAAUAAAUCGAGGUAAAAAUACGAUCACGCUUUCUAGUCAGAGUUUCUUGUACCAACGUGUGUGUGCGCGCCGUGUGUUUUUGUUCGUUUGCAUCGGCCGCGCUAAGCGGCUGACCAAUGAAAACGCGUCAAUACCAGCGGGAAAAAACAAGGUCCCUGGAAGAGGACCAACGUAAAAAGCGUGUGCGUGUGCACACAUGUUUGUAGUCGGUGCUACGGUCUUGUUCGCCUUUUAGGGAAAAGUCCUUCGUUGAACCUUGGUGCCGUAGACGACCGUAGAAGCAGCUGGCAGGACGAAGUUCGCGAGACGUGGGGAGCUUUCAGUUGCCUGUCGGGAGCACACCACCCUGGACCAAUUCCGUUGAGAAACCGAGUGAUGCGACAUGAAAGGGGGGGUGCAGUUGUUCUCCUGACCCGUGCAUGAUGAUGGUGGGAUAAGUUUACGCUUUAGGGUAGCGAAGAAUCAGCUUGUUUGGCGGGCGUUGUGGUGGUUGCGUGUGUUCGUGACGUCAUUCUUAGCAUCGACCACGCUGACCGGCGGCUGGCCGCUGAAAGGCGUCAGUCUCUUUGGACUGUUUUUGCAUUUUCCGUUUGCUGUUAACAUAUAUAUAUAUCUGGUGUGAUUUUUUUGUUGUGAGCGUCGGCCGCGUCAAGCAGCUGACCAAUGACCAGGGCGUCAGCCUCCUUGUAUCUAGAACCGGGAAACGCUGCUUCUAAAGGUCAUGCACUAGAGUCUCGUGAAGGGGGAGGCUAGGCCAUCCUCCGCAUUGGAGACAGAAGCUAUGUGUGCCUAUGCUUUAUACAUCGUGCACCGACCGCUCUAUCCGACUUACUGGUGGCUGAGUGUUCGUCUGACCAAUACAGUCACAAAACUAUAGAAUCUUCGACAGAAUCCUCGGAGUCUAAGCGUGUUUUCCGAAACUGUUUACGCCGAUCGCGCCUACGGGCUGGCGAAUAGAAAGAACGGCAUGAGAUAGUAGUUUUGGCGGCGGUAUCAUACAACGUAACGAAUGUUGCUUAGUGUACGCUGACAAGAAGUGAUUUUCAACAGCAUGACCUUUUUAUUUUUGGCCCGGCCGGAGAUAUUAUGGUUUUGGGUUUAUGAUGAAGUUGCUGUGUUCCUGUAGGGUUUCGAAAUGGCAGGUUCUACUUGGGUGACACGGAAUAGUGGUGAUCUAUGCUACGGCUUCAUUUUGCCAAGGGAUUUGGCCGGCCUUAAACAGGGCACCCGGCGCUAUUUAGAGUACCAAUAGACGCUUGAAUAUUGCAUCAGUGUCAAGAGAUUUCACCUUAUACUGGG